CCUAGAAACUUGGAAAACAUGCACAAGGUUCAUAAGUCUAUGUAGUACACCAAAAUAUUAUAUUAAUAUACAUUAUAAUUUAUAUCAUAGUCUUUGGAAAUUGAUAUUGAUAUAUACCAAAAAUUCAUAAGAUCUUUCUCAUCUUUCUUGUGAGCCUCACAUAAUAAUUAAAAGCAACCACUAAACUACACUAAACUUCAUUCCCAUUUGGAUCAUCCUCAUCACAAUCCUAAUAAUAAAGUUGAUCAAAGUUGAAGAAGCAAUGGAAUCUGCAUGUAUGGCAAUGAAAACCAAUCCUCAUUGCCUUCAUCAAGAAAAUGGAUUCUUAGGUGAAAGGAUCAAAGGGGGUGUCAACUACAGUCCCUGGAUCAUCAAAGAGAAGAAGAAGAAGAUGAUCAAUAAGGCCAAACCUUCUGUUGUAUCUUCUGUUCUUACAUCAGAAACUGCAAAAGAAUCUUUGACAAUUCAAAUGCCAUCUUUUCUGAGAAGAAAAGCUGAUCCAAAAAAUGUAGUCUCAAUCAUAUUGGGGGGUGGUCCUGGUGCUCAACUUUAUCCACUCACAAAAAGAACAGCCACACCUGCUGUUCCUGUUGGUGGUUGCUACAGGCUUAUAGACAUACCAAUGAGCAAUUGCAUCAACAGUGGCAUCAACAAGAUAUUUGUGUUAACACAGUUCAACUCUGCAUCCCUCAACCGGCACAUAGCUCGCACCUACUUUGGAAAUGGCAUCAACUUUGGAGAUGGAUAUGUUGAGGUUCUGGCAGCUACUCAAACAGCUGGUGAAGCUGGAAAUAAGUGGUUCCAAGGAACAGCAGAUGCUGUGAGGCAAUUCACUUGGGUGUUCGAGGAUGCUAAGCACACAAAUGUUGAGAAUGUUUUGAUCUUGGCUGGUGAUCAUUUAUACAGAAUGGAUUACAUGGACCUUGUGCAGAGUCAUGUAGAUAGAAAUGCAGAUAUCACAGUUUCAUGUGCUGCUGUAGGAGACAGCCGCGCAUCGGAUUACGGGUUGGUCAAGGUUGAUGGCAGAGGUAGGAUCAUCCAUUUUUCAGAGAAACCAAAGGGUGCUGAUCUGAAAUCAAUGCAAGUAGAUACUUCUAUUAUGGGGUUGUCACACCAAGAUGCAAAGAAAUCACCAUAUAUUGCCUCUAUGGGGGUUUAUGUAUUCAAGACAGAGGUUUUACUCAAGCUUCUCAAAUGGAGAUAUCCAACAUCCAAUGACUUUGGAUCCGAAAUCAUUCCUGCAGCUGUCGGGGAGCACGAUGUUCAAGCAUAUUUUUUUGGAGACUAUUGGGAAGACAUUGGAACAAUCAAAUCCUUUUAUGAUGCUAACAUGGCUCUUACUGAAGAGAAUCCAAUGUUCAAAUUCUAUGACCCCAAGACACCUAUUUACACAUCUCCAAGAUUCCUACCACCAACUAAGAUUGAUAAAUGCCGGAUUGUGGAUGCAAUCAUCUCCCAUGGAUGUUUCCUGAGAGAAUGUACUGUCCAACAUUCCAUUGUGGGCGAGCGAUCGCGUUUGGAUUAUGGAGUUGAACUCCUGGACACUGUAAUGAUGGGAGCAGACUAUUACCAAACGGAAUCUGAAAUAGCCGCGCUUUUGGCCGAAGGGAAGGUUCCCAUUGGGAUUGGAAAGAACACCAAGAUUAGGAACUGCAUAAUUGACAAGAAUGCAAGGAUUGGGAAAGAUGUGAUCAUCAUGAACAAAGAUGGUGUUGAAGAAGCAGAUAGAUCAGAAGAUGGAUUCUACAUAAGGUCAGGAAUCACCAUCAUAAUGGAGAAGGCAACAAUAGAGGAUGGAACUGUCAUAUAAAAUGAGGCAAGCUAAGGAACAAUCCAUGGGAACAGAAGAGAAGGGUAGGAGCAAUCAGAGUGCAGAACCCUGUUUUGGGCUAUGUAUAUGUAAAAUAGAAGGUUUCCCACUCUGUAACAAAAACAAUGCCUAAAAUAAAAUCAUGGAAGCGAUAUGCACAUAUAAGUAAAAUAAAAUGAAUUCUCUGGAAAUUUUGAAGCUGCUUUCUACCUUAAUGUUGCAACUUAUAAGUGUGAGAAGUACAUGAAAUUAGUCUCACAUCAAAUAAAACAACGAAGAGUAAGAAAUUUAUAA